AUGUGCUUAUUUAGACCAGAAAUAACAAUUGUUUCGGCAACGCCGAUGGAUGUAUCUGCAAUUGAUUUUAAACAAAGUAAUCACUCCAGACCUCCUCCGCCGGUGCCAAAUGUUCCUCCUCCGAGUUCUACCGUACCCCCGGCUCCGCGUCGCCCGCCCCCUGUACCCAAACCUCCGACUAAUAAGCCUCCUUUACCCAAGCCUCCGACUAAUAAGCCUCCUUUACCCAAGCCUCCUUUACCCAAGCCUCCUUUACCCAAGCCCCCGACUAGCAAGCCUCCUGAAGCAACUACGCCUGCUAUAGGAGAAAAGCCUACUAUAAAACCAAGGCCGAUCAUAGCUCCAAAGCCUACUAUCAACCCGGAUCCAAUACCGAAAGCUGAAGUGAAACCUGAGUUAAGCGAUCAAAGAAUUGAACCAACAUCUAAUGAGUCACCUCACAGUAUUGAAGCACGUGAAAAUAGUUUUCGGAUGUCAAAUACAGACUUAAAUGAAGAUACUACAACCUCCCCAAGUUCUCAUCAUAAAGUAUUGCCUCCAAGGCCCAACAGUCGAGUCCUACCACCUCCACCUUCAAAGACUUUACCUCCACGGCCUACAUCGAAACAAAUAGAUAGCCCUCAUAAAGACAAAGAUGAAGUUUCAAAUGGCAUCAAAGCAGAUAAAUCUAGUAAAGAAACUCCAACAGUUCCUAGCCCAGAGUCAGUAGUGUCAAGACCCACGAGUAGACCACCGACAGUGCCGGUACAAUCUUCAGCCCAGAAGCCAAACUUUGGCAUAACUAGAAAUGAAACGAAUCAGCCACCUUCACCUACCCGAAGACCUCCAGUGCCACAACAACCACCAUCUCGAUUACCACCACAGAUUCCACAGCAAGAUAUCCGUAACUCCAUGCCACCGCCUCCUCAAGCUCUACCUCAACGGCAAUUGCGACAAGUUUCUCCGGACUCAUCACCAAAGGCUGCUUUAAUGAUGGAUAACGUUAUGUCUAAGCAGCUAAACAGCUUUCAAAAUCCUAACGAUAAACCUCUAAAUGCUCAAACCGAUAACAAACCAUCGAAACCUUUGCCGCCUAAAAGGCCACCACCGACAAGACAGUCAGUUAUAAAAUCACCUGAAUCACCCGAAAACCCCUCACCGAAUUUACUAGCGGAUGCCACUGAUUCAAUGAGUGCUAUAUCAGGAAAUAAAGAUACGCGUACAGUUUCGCAAGAUGAUACAAUUAAAUUAAGUAAACCUCCGCCACCUGUUAAGCCGAAACCAAGGCCGUCAGUGCCCUUCAAUUCGCAAGAUCUUAUUAAACUACCAGGUGCAUUUACAGCGUGA